UGCAAUCUCAUUUAAAGCGACGGCACUGAAUUGACUUUUGACUUUUACUCCUUGAACAAACCCAUUAUGGUUGCAUAUAUGUUGUUAAAAGCAAGAGUCAUUAGGAACUUUAUCCCAAUUUUCCUGCUUACCUCUUUCUUCUAUACUGCCACUCAAGGAGCCAACUUUGGCGAUCCUUGUGAUCCCACACCGAUAUACAGCCAGUCAUGGAAGUACGAAGAUUUUUGCAACAAUGUAUAUCUCUAUUGUGACGCAACUACUAGGAGGUGCCAGUACAAAGGCUGCUCGAAUUCGGAUUACAUACAUGGAUGGGACCUGAAGGUUCAUACAUUUCCUGAACGAUGCAAUACAAGAGCUCAAUACUGCCCCGAUGAUCAAUCACAAUGUCGGCCAUUGCUGCCCGACGGAGCAAAGUGUGAGCCGCAAAGGGACGACGAAUGUUCUGGAAGCUAUGCCAUGUGCUUAAAUUCAACAUGCCUCAUUAAAGGCGCUCCUCUAUCUGGAUUUUGUGGAUCUGAGGUAACAAAUUACGUUUCAUAUGAUUCUAGUGGACAGCAAAUACUUCAGACUAUCAUUCGAGAUAAUUGCACUCAAGGCUUAUACUGUGAUUACACUGAGUCCCACACAUGUAUUCUGGCCAAAGCAGUUGGCGUAUCAUGUACCCAGGAUAAUGAAUGUUUGAGUGAUAACUGUGUAGAGUCAAACAAUACCUGUGGUGUAGCUGCUGACUCUUUUCAUAAAGUAUCGGCGUGGGUUUGGGUGGUUUUAGCGAUAUCGAUAUUUCUUUUCGUAGUCACUACUCUAUUACUCUUAUGGUUCCUCCAUCGCUAUCAAUCAAAGCAAGAGCACGAGAAGGCCCGCAGAUUUUUUGAGCAAGCACAGCGGUUCUCCAAGCUGGCAGAAGAUGAAAAGCUUAAUGAGAAAGCUCUAAAGAGCUCUAAUUCAGCUUAUCAUACAUCUGGAAUGAUUUAUCUUGCUACACCCGGUUCAAUGCAAUUCAAUCCGCGCAAGUCGAACGGGAGCCCAUCUCCAUCAGCUUCAAACAAUUAGAAAAUUUACCUGCUGAUAUAAUGGGCUUAUGGUCACUCUAAUAUAUAUGUAUGCUCGUAUAUUUUGAAGAUGUAGUCCAUUGUGAUAAGUAGCGAAUAAAUUUGAGAAGCCGUAGCAAAUGAAUCGAAG